AUGGCAGCAGGAACUGAGAAAUCAAAUAACGGUAUCAACAUUACAUCAAAGCUUCUCAACGGGCGUUCUCAGUUAAGACAGCUGCAGCAACAACAUACUCUUCAAAACUCAUCUCACAAACCUUUAUUCGAGCUAGUCAACAUUCCUAAUAGACUUGUACUGGAUAAUGUAUAUCUUAAUGGUCUACAUUCUCUAAGAAGUUUUGAAAUACGCAACAUAUCACCUAAUAGAAUCCUUGUAAAGUUACGUUCGAACUUGGGCUCUCAAAUUGCUUUUCAACUGACUAACGAGAAUUUGCCAGACUUUGACACGCAAAAAUCUUCAUCUACUAUAAAUAACGAGUUCAAUGGUUUACCUGUGUCACCUCGUGUUAAUCCUGCUGCGCCACAACCUAGCGAUUUGGAUAAUUACGCGUCUAGCGCGUCUGAAGAUUUUAGCGGAUCGGAUUCUCAAAGAUUAACGUUGUCAUCACCAUCACCACCUCCACAUUUACUGCCUCCUAGUACAACUAUAAAUCCUCUAAAUAAUAUUGCGACGAAUACUGUAGCGGCUGCAGCUGCCGGUGCAUUUGGAGAUAUCGUGAAUGGACAUCAAUUUAAUCAACUCUUUAAUCAUGUUAAUCAUAUCGAUGAAGUAGAAAUUCGGCCGGGACAGACUCAAAAAGUAAUACUGGCAUUUCUACCGGAUGCACGUGAUAAAGCUCGUAGAGCAUUGAACAUCGAUCACAAUAUAUCGUCGCAAUUAAGCGAGUCGCCCAACACGUCUUUCUCAUCCGCUAUAAAUGACGGAGAUAAUGUUGAGACAACUGAAGAUGCCAAUGAAAAUGCAAAUCUUUUCUUGACUACGGCUGAAGGAGAUGAAACUCAUGAUUUUUUUGAGGUCAAUGGACUUUUGUUCUUUUUUGCUUAUAGUCUUGAUAAAGAAUUAGAGAUUUCAGCGGAUGAUGGGCAAGAUAGCAGAUUGACUACUGCUAAUGAAGAGGAAGUUCUGAUGUCUACACCAACGACAGAGAAUUCUUUCCAGGUUGGUUCUUCUUCCACGAGUGUAACAUCGUCUACUAUUGAUCAAGUAUCUCCAAGUGCCAUUAAUAAACCAUUGAAAUCGGAAGCAGAUGCAAGCAGUGGUAGCAUUUUCAAAGCAGACUAUCAAGUAACCAUUAAAUUUCGAUCUACCGUCUGUCGCUCUGUAUUAUGGACUGAUGUUGGUGAAACGGGGAUCAAUUUUUAUGAUUGUGUAACGGGUGGAACUUACUUCAAAGAUUUCACAAUCUGGAAUCGAUCAGAAAUAGAGUUGUAUUGGUUAAUUAAUACGGUCGAUCUAUCUAACUCGAAAUGUGAAGAUUCGCUUAAAUUUACUGACUAUGACACGGGUGAAUUAUUGGAUGCUAAACCAAUCCCAAGUUAUACUCAUCGAAGAAUACGAGUAACAUUUCGUCCAAAAGAAAUUGGUGAAUUUAAUUAUGAUCUACAAUUGGAGAAUGCCAAUGAUCCAUCAAACGUGUUGGAAAGUCGCAUUCACGCGGUCGUAAGAUCAGUGUUGCGAGAAGAGUCACUUGUAGUCAGCAGUGGAAACGUUCUUGAUUUCGGUGAUUGUUGUGCUGGUUGUUGGAGUAAACAGCAAUUAGUAUUGAAAAAUGUCAGUGAAUCACCUUUGGAAAUUCAUUUUUCCGCAGAAAAUGCCGAAAUUUUAUUUCACUUGAACGUAGAAGAUUCGAUAAUGAUUGAUAAUAAUAAACAUAGAAUAGCGGAUGCAAUAGUUGAAGGUUCUUUAAAUUAUCAUAGGGUCAAAGAUGUUACUUCUGCCGUAUCGGUGAGCAUUCCAAACAUCAGCACGCCAACAGUUAACAACACGACAAAUAUAAUUGAAAAUUCUGUGCCAAAUAGCAUCACGAGUUCUCGAGCAGCUUCACCUCUUCCACUAUUGAGAGAAGGUGAUACGUUAAGUUCACCAACUGAAAUCGCAGGUUUUCAAAGUCAACCAUUAUCACAAUCGACAUCAAGAUCUACCAGUCGCCAUCGAUUUAAUUUGCACGAAGACUCGGAUUUUGAAGGUCCACUCACUGGCAAUAACUCUGACGUUGUUUUUACACCCAAAGGCGAAGUAUUUAAAAAGGGAUAUUUGUAUUUGGAUAAUCAAGAGGGGGUAGCUCAAAUUGACGAAGUACUCCUGAGACCUGGUCGAGAAAGAACUGUGCAGGUUUCUUACCGACCAGAAAAGGAUUCAUCUGCCAAUGACUUUAAUGCGGGUCAUCUUACGCGUCGAUCUUUUCGUAUUAUAUUAACUUAUGGGCCUGUUAAUUCAAAAAUGGGUACUUUUGAAAUUAACAAUAGAGAGCGUAAAAUUAUUAAAUGCAAGGCUCGCAGUUGUACCUCGUUUGUGAAGGUAGAACCAAAAGAAGUUAAUUUCGGUGAUACCGAUGUGGGAACUUUGAAAUCGAUGCCGAUAGUGAUCAAAAAUUUGUCUGAAUUAACGGCUCACGUAGAAUUGCAAUUCAUUUCAAAAGUAUUAAGCUGUAAUCGUGAUGAAAUUACGAUUCCACCAAAACAAUCAAUCAAAGUGAAACUGGACAUGUAUCCGAGAAAAGUUAAUAUCGACUAUCGCAAACAGAUCACAAUGGUCAAUUUACAAAAUCGUGAUAAUGAUAAAAUAAUUGAAGUGAGAAGUGCAAAUAUCGAUAAGAAUCGAGUCACCUUUCACUCCUUAUUCUAUCGAAUACUAACCGCAAAUGUUAGUCAUUAUCUUAAUUUUGGAUCGACAGUUUUGAACUCCCCUCGAGUUCGUACUUUUACAAUUGACAAUAUUAGCAAAAAAAAUCUAGUGUUGGAGCUCACUUCCUCAUUGCCUGAUGAGAUUGUAAUGUAUCAGAAGCAGCAAAAUAUUGAUGAAACUGCUCGUUCAAAUGAUGUUACUCCGACUAAGAAUGGCACAGCAGAAGGGACAGCUGCUAUGAAUGAGAUACCCAGAAGUGCUCAAAUAGAAAGACGAGAGAAACUUUUGGAGUCGAUAGCUGAUCGACGUUCAGUAAAGAAGCAUAUAUCUGUUAUUGAAGGCACUGGAGGUUCAAUUUCUAUGAAUAGCAAUUUAUCAAGUUCUAAUUUAGUUGGAGACACAAGAAGCAAUACUCCUAAUCUUCCCGAUUUCUCCACUGUUGAUCUUUCUUCCACUACGACCGCUUAUCUUGAUCUUGCAUCUUCUUCCCUUAAAGAUAUACGAAGAUCACCUCGUAAAAGACCGCACAAAUUGCCAUUAGGAAAGACCGGUCAUGCAAGUGGUCCUGCAAUUGAGCGGGUCAAAGAAGCUGAAAACAUCUUCGGCGGGGUAACAAGUAAAUCUAAUCAAACCUCUUCUUUUUCGGUAGGCAGCAAUAGCACGUUAUCCAAUGAAGCCAAAGAAAUUCAAGUUAACGAAGGGUUCAAAAAGCAAUCAACACCUCGUGUGGGUGAUGUAGAACAAAAGAAUUUGAGUAUACCGAAUGCAAUUUCCACACGGCAUAACAAAAAAGAAAAAUCUGCCGCGCCGAUAGAUUUUUCAAGAAUGUCUUUUGAAUCUUUAAUCGCAGCACUCGAGGUAAACAACGACACUGCACCACCAUUAUUUCCAAAACCUUCAAUGGAAGAGUUAUAUGUUCGCAAUCAAAUGGGCAUUGUCCGUGAAUUAAGGCAUCGAAUCAAAGAUCAACAAUUAGUUCCAGUCAAAUCGAUUGAAAUUCCACCCGGAACUGAGAGACAAAUUAUGGUAGUAUUCACACCGAAUGGCCGAUUGAAACCACUAGUUCAAGGGCUACCACGGAAGCAAGAUGCUAGAAUAUUUUUGCGAUUAAUCGAAUUUGAUCGAGAUAUCGAACAACCUCAAUUUGAAAGCUUGAUACAUGGUGACUUAUCACAGAUUCCUGUUCGAGAGCUACUUGUCCGUUCUACUUUAUGCAGAUCAAUUAUGGUUUUAGGCCAAAAAAACAUAAAUUUCGGCGUAAUAGAUAAAAAUGAAAAUCGAAAUAAAACGAUUGUCAUUCAGAAUCGAAGCGAAGUUCCUUUAUUGUAUACUAUACGAAAAUCCGGAUCCAUUGCCUCUGGUGAUAUUGUUUUUGGUGAUGGAAGAUAUGGUGUAAUUCGUGGAUAUGGAAAAAAAGAAGUCGAAUUCAGAUUUGAUCCUAGUCUUCCGGGCCAAUUUCACGAGAAACUCAUUAUUGAAAAUAUCCAGGAUCGAGAGAAUGAUCAAACUGUUUAUGUUAAGGCCAAUAUUCGAAAGCAAUCAACAUUUUCAAUCCAACCAACAAAUAUUAAUUUUGGUUCAUGGUUUAUAGAUAAGAACUCUGCCCAUGUACAGCAGCAUAUUGUAAUUAGCAAUAUUGAUAGGCAAUCACGAACAUUUGAGGUUAGAGUGGAUCCAAAAGAACUCCAAUAUAAUCAUUGCAAUGGAGAAGUGAAGUUUUCUAUUCAAAACGAUGUUGAGGGCGGAUUUCAAACUAGUGGUCUAGUGAGCAAAGAAAUGGAAGAAGAGAUUGAAAACUUGGAACAAAAAGUAAAAAUAGCGAAACGCAAGGGUCGCGAAGACAAAGUAAAAAAACUUGAGAAAAAAAUAUCUAGAUUGCAACGAGGUGAGGUGGGAAGAGAAGAGGAAGAUGAAUUCGAGGGAAAAGCUUCGUCACUUCUUACCAAAGACGAAAAAUUAGAAAAAUUAAGUGAUGGACGAAAGAAUUCAUCAGAGGAAGCCACCAAACGCUUUUCAGAUCCUAAUGCGACAAUAACGAAAUCAUCUACGCGUGAUGCCAGUGGAAAGAGUCUUCAGUCACCUCCCAAACGUUAUGGCAAAGAAGCACCCAAAUAUAGAACAUCAUCGACAUCGAUUAUUUUCCCUUUGGAAGCUCGCACUACGAAAACUAUAUCUGUAUUUUUUAGGGCAUUAUCGACUAGUACAUCAUCAUCACCAGCAGAAUUUGAAUCCGCACAAGAAGAUGUGACCGGGCAUAUUUAUGUACACGAACAUAAAAAUACGGAUGAUCUCAAGACUAUAGUAUUCAAAGCACUAGUUUGCUACGACUAUUCGAGCUAUUUGCAAGCUCAAUCACGAGAACAAGAUUCAUCUGACACUAAUACAAAUGAAAGAGAAAACCAGUCAUUAAGUCGCCGAUUACUCGAUUCUUUUGCUCCCCCACCAUUAAAUCAUUUACUUGAUGCUAUAUCCGCCAUAUUCCCGGAAAAAAAUUCAUCAACCAUCAAUGAAUUACCAUCAUCUAUUGGGAUUCCACGUGUAGUGUUGCCUGAGCAAACCAUUGAAUCGAUCGUCGACUCAUUAGUAUUAGAACCAUCGAUAUUAGAUAUCGGCCGUCUUGAGGUUAAUCAUGAGCAUAAUUAUUACUUCAAGAUCUCUAAUCGAGCCGAUAUUGACUUGGAAUACGAAAUAAUCAUACCCAUACAUGAAACUUCCUUUUUCAAAUUUCAACAAACCUGUGGUAUCUUAUCUCCUCAGCAAACAAAGCGAAUUGAUUUCACAACACUCGCUAAUAGUGUUGGACGCCAGGCACAUUCAUUGAUAGUUCGAGAUAUGAUAUCAAAAGCAAAGUGUACUUUUAUUCUUCAUGGUUAUGUUCAUUACCCACAAUACUUGAGAUUCCCUGCACUCGGUGAUGAUGGACAAUCCGAUUUGAAUUUGGGCUACUGCUAUGUCGAUGCGGGUCGAAAAUAUUCUCAAGUAACACCUUUAUUAGUGGAGAAUAUCACCGAUCAAGACGUGUACAUUACCUGUCAAAGUAACUUGUCAUUACAAGUGAUCAUUUUCCUUGACGAGCGUGGCGAACGUGGUCAAGUGGUGGAAACUUUGUUAAGAAAAGGAAAAACGAUGACUGUAUGGGUCGCUUUACAGCCUAAUUUGCUUCGAGAUAUGCUUGGAAAUGCAAGACGGGUUGGGCAUAAUUUGGAUCUAAAUAAUUCCACGAAUUCGACUAUGAUGCCUGGUAGCGUUGUCGCUGAGCAUAACGCCAAUUUGAAUGCUGAAUGUCGUACUUUAAUUGGCGGCAUAAAAUUUUCUGUACAAGUUAAAGAAAAAGGACCAUCACCAUUAGCAAAGUUAAUACACAACGCUACUGAAUUAGAUUCCGAGCAAGAAGAAUUAGUCACGGCAAUUAUGCAAACAGUGAAAUUCACUUCAUUGAUUGGUCGAUCUGUAUUGUCCGUAUCUGAAAAAAUUAUUAAUUUGAGCACAACUUCGACAAUUGGUGAAACAUUUUAUGGAUCAUUUACACUGCAAAAUCUUUCCAGUCAUUUACCAUUGAACUAUUUAGUCGAGUCUCCAAGUGGUAGCAUUAUUCUAGAUAGAUCACGAGGUACUUUGGGAGGGUGGUCACGCCAGAGAUCUAAAUCAAUCACGAAAAUUAAUUCUACUGAAGUUGGAACACCAUUAGAUACUCUGUCCGAUGAAGAUACAUCUCAGGCUAUAAUUUCUUUCAAAGUCACCUCAUCGAAAUAUGGAUUAUUCCGUCAGAGUAUCAUCGUUACUAAUUUGAACAAUACAGAGCAAGUAUUUGAAGUUGAAGUGAGACUUUAUGUUGAUCCUGACACUAUAGGUUUUAUGAAUAAAUCAACAACUACUACAAAGCGUCGUGUUAAUAUGAAGGAAGGCGCCACUGAUGACAUUUUGGCGGAAAGUCCGAAGGAAAUCGAAAAUUUACCAUCACUUAUUUGGGAUAACAUAUAUGUGACGAUCACCGAAAAUGGAAAGAAUCUAACGGAAAAUUUCCAGUUGGAAGAACAAGAGAGAAAUCUUAAUCUUCGAGCAGUGAUUCAAAAAGGAUAUCAAGCGGCAAAUUCACCUCUAUAUGAACAAUGUGUCGAAAUAAGCAAUAAAUCGUUGACUGAUACUCUGCAAAUAGUUCCCAAAACUAAUUUGGACAUAAGUGUCAGAUGGGGUCCUUUCGGUGAACCAAGAAUAAUUAAUCGAAAUGAUGAUAGUGAAUUACCCUUUCAAAUUUGUGGUCCUGUUCUUGAAUUAAAGCCAGGCGAAAAAGCAUUUUUUUAUGUAACUUGUCCACAACCAAGCUCAUUAACUAAUGACCAGCUUCACAAAAUUAGCAAAGGAAAAGAGGGUAGCCUUCAAGGAGUUUUGUUGCUUUAUGACCUAAAUACCCAAGCAACCGUGAAAAUGAUCGAGUUAACCGCAUAUUAUUGUGUAUCCAUCGGAGAACUAAGCCCUGCAGAAAUCAACCUUGGAAUGAUUGGUCAUGCAAAUUCAUGGGCUAAUGUAAAAUUUCAAUUCACAUUGCGCAACAUUUCCGAUAUACCCUUGCAUUAUGAGCUUCAAAGUCCAGACAGUAUAGAAAUACUGGGGAUUAUGGACGAAGGAGGUUCUGAGCAACCCAGUCAAGAUAUAGUCUCUUUAAAACGUACGGUCAAUUCACAAGUUGAUCAGGUCAUCACAGCUAUUCUUAAAACACGUAGUAUCGAGAAUUUUGAAGCGGGAAAACGUGAUUUUCAGAUCAACAUUUUAAACAUGUUCAAUCCAAACAAUGAAAUGAUAUUGAAUAUCGAAGCCACACUUACUUUAUUCGAAGUGAUGUUUGAACGACUUGUCAAUGGGGAACUUGUUCUGCCUACACUUUAUCAUCCAAUUCCUCGGUUGGAUCUACCAUGUGACACUUGGUUUACUAUUCUUAAUUCUGGAGAUGAAGAUAUUCGAUUCGAGAUUGGAGCAGAACUUAGUCCAGAUGUUUCACCUUUUCUCAGAGUAGAGAUCUUGUCACGAUUCUUGAAUUCACCUUUACUUGGUCAUGUGACUGUUAACGCACAUAAUUCAAUAGAAAUCAGAGUAAGAGCUCAUCCCAAUGAAUCGCGGCGAUUACCCCAUGGUUCAUCUUAUCUUAUCAAUCCUGAUGGAAUUACUUUUGGCAAACUUUGGAUUGCGACUAAGCAAUCAAAUAUCGAGGAAAGUGAAAGCGGACAAAUUACAAAGACUAUCCCAAUACGCGGAGUUAUUACAGAAUCUUCAACGUUUACUAUAUCAAAAAAUCGGAUUAUUUUCAAGACCGCUGUGUAUAUUUCUGAUAAUGAACUUAAUGACACUCAGGAAAAUGACGAGAAUGAGCAUCGAGCAUCACUUAGUCGUAAGCGAAGAAAACCUAUUUCCGAGUACAGUAAUAGCACAAGCAGUCCGGAUGAAUGGCAAAUACAUUCUGAUUCUGUAAUAAUAAAAAAUUUAUGCGCCCAAAUUCCAUUAUCAUUUAAAGUCACAAUAGAAGGUCCGAUCGAAGUUUCAGCUCAUGAAAUAAUUUCAGUCUCACCUUUAGACGAACAAGGAUGUGGUGUGGUGGACGCAGGGCAACAAAACACUUUAAAUAUUGAGUUAAAGGACUAUUCAGUUCCAGUAUCAGACGAUUUUAAAAUUCAUAUUGAUGAUUUGCAGUCUUUGUCAAGCCAACGAUACACAAUUCUCGUAAGUGUAGAAUCCGAGGCGCGUGAUCACCGCACUAAAGGAAAAAAGAGUCGUCUGAAAAGCGAAGAGGCUGAAUCCACAAUGGUAAUCCUUCCAGAAACCAUACAAAAAAAGCCUUUAGCACCAUCUCUUGAGCAAGAAAAACCUUACCAGCCGUCUUUACCCGACCUUCCUUUCAUCACUUUACGUGGAUGCAAGCGAAUUGGAGAGGCAGUGGUCGUAGGCGGCAGAUACGAACUAGAUCUUGGACAGCAAGAUUUAGGCUCUCCUACUUUAGUGAAAAAACUAACAUUGGAAAAUUCUUCUUUCGAACAAUUAUCAUAUCAUAUUAAAACUGUUUUCACGAACGAUCAAUCAUGGCUUAAAAUAAGUCGUACAGAAGGAACUUUGGAGCCAUCAGGAGGGGGGCAAAAUCGACAAUAUCAUAUUCACACUAUUACUUUAAGCUUUUACACUAGUAUUAGAAGUGUUUAUUCGACAUAUUUGAUUGUCGAGAACCUGAAUAAUCCUUCUGAUACAAAAACAAUACGCGUCAUGAUGGAGGUUGUUGCACGACAGAACCUGAGACGUGGUGCAAGUACCCCUCUGGAGAACAAUCAUGUGUUUGAUAUUUAUGUUAAUGGUGUUGACACCAACCAAACGUGUAUAGAAAUGCUCAAUUUGUUCUAUGGAUCCGAGUAUUCGGCACGUAGUAUGGUUAUAUACAAUCGUGAGACUGUUCCUUUAGAAUUCACGUUUCAAACAAACAUUGACGGUGAUGAUCUAUCUGAAAUUGUAUUUUCUACUUCUCGGAUGUCGGCCAAACUUUUCAAAACUCUGACCGUAGAUCCGGAGAGUAAUGUCCGUGUAUAUAUUCGGUUUCGUCCUUUACCUUCUACCCAAAUUCAAGCUGCCAUUGAUCGUGGUGAAAAAAGAGAUCCGGACGAAAUAGAAGAGAAAAAUAUAGAGAUACAUGUAAAUUGUAGACUUGUCAAAGAUUAUCAACAAACUGUUAUGCUUAAAGCAGAGUGUCGGAUGCCUUCUCUUCGUGUUCAAUAUGAAGAAUCAGAGGCAUUGAUGGGAAGAAUAUUUCGUUCCGAGUCUGAGGAAGAUUGGAUAGUUGAAUUCGAUCAAAGCUAUCGAGAAAUUCGACUCGAUAAUUUGCUCGAUAUUCCAUUGGAAUAUGAAAUAGUCAAUGAUACAAUGUAUUUCACAUUGGAGAUUCCAGAUAGUGAUAAAAGAUUACCACAAAACUCGCAUCACAUUGUAAAAGUUUGGCCUAAUUGUAGAGCGCUAAUAAAAAACGCGGAAAAUGUUCGAAGGGAAAAAUAUAUACAGGAAAAUGUCACAGUAUACAAUAGAAAUCGACCUUCUGAAAAUUAUUGGAUUCCAUUACGAAUAAGUUUUGGACAUAUCUCAAAUUUUCAGCUUGCUUCUGGUUAUCGAAGUUCAUAUGCCUUUGGUAUGCUGGAAAAUCAUACUGUUUGCUUCCUCAGCGAUUAUAACAGUAAUACAUACUUGUUCGAACUAUUGCUAACAACAGACGAUAAGGAAUUAAAAAGAAAGAUGGUAGAUCUUGAAUUCCAUUACUUCUACAUCGUUGAUCAAUUAGUGUAUUAUGCUACCAUUAAAACUGGUGAAAAUUGGUUUCAAUUAGCCAGCUUAUUAUUUGUUACGGUACUUGGAAGUAAGAUAUUUCAAAAGUAUGCUCCCGCUUAUUUAAAGGAACCCGAUAUAGAAGAUGAAACACGAAUCUGGCCACCUCUUUUAGCAAAAUGGGUUGGUACUAUGCUUAUAUUGUAG